AUGCCGCCAUACCCCGCCGCUGUGGCCGAGGCUUCGUCCACAUUCUCAUUAUACGUCUUUGAUCUCCCCGCCGUGACUACGAAGCUCAAGGUCCUCGCUCGGCAUGCCAAAACCCCCCGGAUCCCCUUUGACAAUGACCGCUCCGAACACCACAGAGUGUUUUCUCGUGCCUUGGCCAACGUUCUAUCGACCGAACCUGCGCUGUUCACCUUUGCACAGAUCAUUGACGGGCUCCCCACGGCCGAUGUUGCCUGGGACCGUCGAUACCCGGGCUUGUUCGGGGACCAUCCCAUCGAGGAGCACGAGGAUUUAUGCCCAGGAGUCCUUGACAGGGCCCGGCAUUUCCGAGAACAAUUCAACCCAUGCGUCUUAUCUUUUGAUCCGAAGACACUCCGCGUCUUCCGCAAGGCGUCUCCCGGAUCGCAAAUGUUCAACAUCCGAUUGACUGAACUCGUUGCCGUGGCUAUACACGAAAUCUGUAUGCUUCUAUUCCAGCUUGGACUUCGCAUGCACCGCGGCGAUAUCGACAGUAUCGACCAAUGGAACGAGGAACCGCCUGGUGUAAGCUGGGAAUUCACUCCCCCACGGCCCAGCAUCUUCAGUCACCACGGUUACCUGGACCACGACGUGUACCCGGACGGCAUUGCCGACGUUGUGGGAUACUGGGCAGAGGACCGUAUCUUUGGAGGGGUGACGGUAUUUGACCGGGAAUCUGAAGAGCGUGCCCCGCGGUUCCCGCCCAAUGUCUACUUCCACUCCUGCCGAGCGGGUGCCACGCACCGCUACUACCAGCUCACCGACCACCAGCAGCGAUCUCUAACUGAUUUUCUCCUUGCCGAACACCCUGACCCGUCCAGCUCUCCUUUACCGAUCCUUGCGGACCACCAGAACGUCGUGAGACUCAACGACGAACUGGCCAUCCUGAAACACCUUUACCGGGAUAUAUGGGAGCGUAAACCUCCAACGCGGGAGUAUCUUACGCAGUUGAUCGGGAAACCGCGAUCCGUGACGGAUUACCCAAAGCAUGAGGCCUUUAUCGCCCACGUCAAUACCUUUCCAACCGUGACAAUUACUCCUCCGUUUGGCUCGGGCGGCAGCAGGAUGCAAGUGGCCUCGAACAGCCAGGGAGGCGAGGGAGGCAAUGAAGAGGUCAGAAAAGCGGAGAAGCAAGAGGGCAAUAACGGUGGAAAAAAUGAAGCAUGA